CCUCGUUUACUAAAAUCACUUGACUUUGGCAGUUUGAUACGCGCUCCGAACCACUGUUUUGAAACAAAUGAUUCGCAAAAGUUUCGAAGCUUCACGCAGUGCUUCGAAAGCGGCCAUAGUAGGCUAUCGAUAGAGCGCCUAAUAACUACAUCUCCCAGAAUUCCUAGUGUCUAAUCAGGAAGUAGACACGCACUGUGAUGGCAAACAGAUAGUGGUUCAACCGCAGUGCGAAAUAAAUUUAGUGUCACUUAAAUUGAUACAAUUCGUGGUUACUUGAAAGUAUUCCAGCGGAAUGUCAUGCCCAUUCAAUCACUCUGCAGGUGCAUCAGAACGUGAACAUAUUUUACAUCACGGACAAGCGUGCUUCGACCUUAUUUCCCCUGGCCUCCGUGUUUCCACAGCGGAGCUGAACCCCGCAGUGCUGCCGCUGGACUGGCUCCUGGGAACCUGGCAGUCCGAUGAGCCAGGAGAGGGAUCCUUCCCCUCCAUCACGGCUUUCCGUUACACAGAGACUCUUCAUUUCUCACAUGUAGGACAGCCCGUGAUCAAUUUUAUGUUUAAUGCAGUCCAUGCUGAGAGCAAAAAGCCACUUCACAGGGAGUGUGGAUUCAUCAGGAUUCAGCCAGGCACCAACAGGGUGGCCUUCAUCAUCGCACAGAACUCAGGUCUUGUGGAGAUUGAGGAGGGGGAACUCACUGGACAGCAGCUGACUCUGCACAGUACUGCCCUGGCUAGAACAUCUUUUGCCAAGCAGCCUUAUGUUCAACAGAUCUCCAGGCACAUCCAGUUGAAGCCGGAUGGAAGGCUGGAACAGACGAUCUCUAUGGCACUGGAUGGACAGCCUCUGACGCAGCAUUUGCACAUCACUUACCGCAGGACUGAUUAACUGGCUGUCAUGUGGGAGGAAGAUGUGUUUGUGAAAAGCACUUGUACUAAUGUACUCAUCUGACACAAAAUAUUGAUGGUUUAUAUAUAGUAACCUGUGGGAGAUGGUAAUAUAUCUGUGAGUAAGAAUGUUAUCUAAAGUAAUAGAUGUGAUCUGACCUGUCUUCCCAACAAAACAAGCUUCGCAAAUAUUGUUACAAUAUAUAAAGGGGUCGUUUUGUAUAAUGUAGAGCAACUACAAU